CAACAUUUUAUCUAGUUCCUACCCAUCAAACUCUGCUUUUUAUUGAAGACAGAUCAAACAAAAAAAGAUUGAACAUUUAUAUAUUUGCCUAACAGUUUCAACAAUGUCGGAGGAACAGCCGGCGAACUCGAUGCUAAAGUCCAUCUUAAUUUUAAAAGACGAGGAAUUAGAUGGAGCCGGAGGUGACGGUGUCGGGCAGGAAGAAUCGAGGCCAAAGAAGAACGUGACCUUCAACCGGGUGGUGGAGCACUUCUGCUACUCGGAUAACUUGACCAGCUGGAAGAGACACCUGAUGUCCGACAACGACUUGCGCCGAAGCAUGCCGCCAGAGUCGAAAACAUACUUUGCGAAGCACAAUCCCAACUUGUGACUCCAGUCCGCCAUGGUGACCAUAUUAAAAAUGGAACUUAGAGCAAACACAAGCCACAAGCGGAAGUUGUUAACUGAACGUGACACUUUUAACCUAAUUGCAGAAUAAACGGCUGCCCACGGGCUGUCGGGGAAAGGGAUGUGGACCUGUCAGUUGCUUUUAAUGCAUUUCCCAUGUCCUCCGGUUGGCUAGGAAGCGGACCAAAUGGCCCAUGAGUUAUUCAUGAUUUCUACUUAUUUAUAUUUCGUGUGUUCGUAUUAAAAGCAUCUGCCGCUCGACACUA